AUGCUUCUCAUCUAUCUAGUUCCUCGUACGAUUCGUCCAUGGCCGAAUCGUACGAGUCACAGACGCAACAACGCCGUCGAUUUCCCCUCCGCCACCGCUGGCCCAUCCUCUGUUAGGGAGAGGAUGAUUGCCCUCAUCCAACGCCUGAUUGACCAGGCCGAACAGGCAGCUCCGUACGGUCAGGAUCCCAUGGUUAUUCUGCCCCCUCAGGCAUUGGACUUCUGGUGCUCAAGUCCGCAGAGCCGCGCUGCACAAGCACUUCCUGUGCAGAGAGGAAUUUAUUUCAAAUCUGGCAGUUUGAAAGCCUUCCAAAUUGUGUCAGGCCGCCAGUCGUACAUCAACGCCCUGUUGAUCGCUUCGCGUGGAGUUGUUGGUCCCCCGUGCGGUGCCAGUUGCCAGGCUGAUCGUACGAACACUCCAUUUGUCCAGUGUGUCCGCUUGCCGGGCCACUGGAACGGGUGCUGUGCAAACUGCAAGUGGCGUGACUGGGGAAGUCACUGCCCGCCCGUACGAAGGCAGAUAACAGGAGGCACCAGAAUGGCUAUCCCUGGAAGGUCAGACAUGGUGAACACUGUCCCCCGUGCUCCUGUUCGUCCGAGUCAACCAGGCGGUGGUGUUGGCCGUCCGAUUCUCCUUAUAGAGGAUGGGCCAGCCGGUGAGUCGGAGGAAAAUCCGAUUGAUCUUGAUCCUGAGCCUGGUUCUCAAGAGAACCCCUAUGAGAUUGAUUAA